AUUUCCUGGUGCAUUUCCAGUGCUUUCUUUUCCCUAGCAUCCUUAGAGACACAACAUGGAAACCAAGCUAUUGCAGCAGCAUCCAUGUGAUCUACAUUCCAAUACAAAGCAGAGCUGAAGGACCCACCUGAAGAAACGGUGUCUUGGGAGUGGCUGCCCCAUGCACAUCUAUGUUACUAUGGCCAGCCCGCACAAGCCCUUGAGUUGGUCAUCUUCUCCCAAUCUCAUGGUUGACACUAUUCGGGAGGAUCAAGAUUACAUGGUAGGGUUUGGUGACCCAGCCACAACAAGUCACCUUCAGCCUCCAGAGAACCAGGAAAAGUGUGAUAACCUAGAAAAUGCCAGUAGCCCAGUAACUGCAGCUGUCCUAACCUCCAUCAGUGAGGACUCAAGAGACCAGUUUGAAAACAGUGUUCUACAGUUGAGGGACCAAGAUGAAGCAGAGAAUACUGCACCUCAGGGCACCAGCCACUCAGGAGACGGAGGCAGUAAUAGUGGCACAGAAGACAUCAAGAUACAUUUCAGCCGCGCAGGAAGUGGCAAUAGUGGUUUUCUAGAAGGACUUUUUGGCUGCCUCCGGCCUGUAUGGAAUAUGAUUGGCAAGGCGUAUUCAACGGAUUAUAAGCUGCAGCAGCAAGAUACUUGGGAAGUCCCAUUUGAGGAGAUUUCAGAGCUGCAGUGGCUGGGUAGCGGAGCACAAGGAGCAGUUUUCCUGGGAAAAUUCCGAGGGGAGGAAGUCGCCAUCAAGAAAGUGAGAGAGCAAAAGGAAACUGACAUUAAACCCCUAAGAAAGUUAAAGCACCCCAACAUCAUUGCAUUCAAAGGUGUUUGUACGCAGGCCCCAUGUUUCUGUAUUAUCAUGGAGUACUGUGCCCAUGGACAGCUUUAUGAGGUACUCAGGGCUGGGCGCAAGGUAACCCCAAGACUCCUGGUGGACUGGUCAACUGGGAUCGCUAGUGGCAUGAACUACCUCCACCUGCACAAGAUCAUUCAUAGGGACCUCAAAUCACCCAAUGUCCUAGUUACCCACACAGACACAGUAAAGAUCUCAGACUUUGGAACAUCCAAAGAACUUAGUGACAAAAGCACCAAGAUGUCAUUUGCUGGCACUGUGGCAUGGAUGGCUCCCGAAGUCAUCCGCAAUGAGCCUGUCUCAGAAAAAGUGGACAUCUGGUCUUUUGGAGUUUUGCUAUGGGAGCUGUUGACUGGGGAGAUCCCAUACAAGGAUGUAGAUUCAUCAGCCAUUAUCUGGGGAGUGGGCAGCAACAGCCUUCAUCUUCCUGUUCCCUCUACCUGCCCUGACGGCUUUAAAAUCCUCAUGAAGCAGACAUGGCAAAGCAAGCCCAGAAACCGUCCAUCAUUCAGACAGAUUCUUAUGCAUCUGGACAUUGCUUCAUCGGACGUCCUAGGAACCCCACAAGAAACGUAUUUUAAAUCACAGGCUGAAUGGAGGGAGGAAGUGAAAAAACAUUUUGAAAAGAUUAAAAGUGAAGGGACCUGCAUCCACCGCCUGGAUGAGGAACUGAUCCGCAGACGGAGAGAAGAACUACGACAUGCUCUGGAUAUUCGUGAACACUAUGAGCGUAAACUGGAUAGAGCCAAUAACCUAUAUAUGGAGCUCAGUGCUAUCAUGCUGCAGUUGGAAGUCCGAGAAAAAGAGCUAAUCAGGCGUGAGCAGGUUGUAGAGAAAAAAUACCCUGGAACUUACAAACGCCACCCUGUCCGCCAGAUAGUCCAUCCAAAUACUGUUGAGAAAUUUAUCAAAAAGAAAGGGGUGCCUUCUAAAUCAACAUCUCACACUAGACGGCCUGACCUACUGAAAUCAGAUGCCAUAUCCAGUGUGGAGGCAAAUGCACCCAGUUCAUCUCCCAUAUCUGGAAGUCCAAAGAUAUCAUCAGGGGGGAAAAGCCGGUAUCGAAGCAAGCCACGUCAUCGGCGAGGGAACAGCAAGGGCAGUCAUGGUGACUUCCUGGGGAUUUCAAAAAACCACGAUUCUCCUUCACAAACUGCUCGUUAUCUUUCUCCUGCAUCUCCCCCAUUCACCCCACCCAGUCCCCGCCAUGACCCAGUGCAGCCCGUGUCGUCUCGACACCAAACCCUUAAUAUGCAUGGGCAGAAUAUUGCCAACUGUGCCAACAACCUACGAUACUUUGGCCCUGCAGCUGCACUAAGAAGUCCUCUGAGUUGUCAUUCUCAGCGCUGUAUAUCUGGUUCUAGCCCUGACCUCCUUUCCAGCACCCUGGAGGCUGACAGUCGCCUGCAAACAGAAAAUUGGGAGCCCUGCCAGCAAGACUCGUAUAACUCUUGCCUGAACUGUGCUGAGGCCUCUUCUCAACCGAUUUUAAACCCAGAAUCCUGGGAAAAUUCUACAAGUGAAAACCCAGAGCUAAGGAACUCUGAGAGAAACCCACCAGAGCCACCAAGGCACAAUUAUAUGCAAGAAGGAACGCAAACUCCGAUGACUGGGCUAGAUCAGAUUCCUAUUAUCAGGGCAGCAGUGGGAGUGAGUUCUCUAACCAUCCCUACACCACCUGCUCUACCACGAAGGAUACGCACUCUUAGAAAGAAUGGGGACGAAUCAUCAGAGGAAGAGGAGGGUGAGGUAGACAGUGAAGUUGAGUUUCCCCGAAGACACCGGCCACCUCAGGGCAUGAGAAGCUGCCAGUCCUACUCUACUUUCAGUUCAGAAAAUUUCUCGGUGUCUGAUGGAGAAGAGGGGAACACCAGUGAUCACUCCAACAGCCCAGAUGACUUGGUUAACAGCCGCAAGGAGCCUCUGGGGGACAAGUUGGAAGACUUGCUAUCCCAGACACCUGAGAUCCCAAUUGAGAUCUCAACACAGUCAGAUGGGUUGUCAGACAAGGAGUGUGCAGUCAGAAGAGUGAAGACUCAGAUGUCCUUGGGCAAACUAUGUGCUGAGGAGCACAGCUAUGAAAACCCAGGCAAUUUUGCAGAGUCUGACUGUGAUUCAUCAGAAGGAGAGUGUUCUGAUGCCACUGUACGAACCAACAACCCCAUCAAUUCCUCUACCUGGUGAAGAAGUAUUCAGUCUACCAAGAGGAGUAUUUACUUGCCCAUACAUUUCCAACAUCUUCUAUAUCUAGUCCUGAACUGUCAUAGCAAAGAAGACCUUUUACAUCCUCUUCCCUUCAGACCUAAGAGCAUUUCACCACUAGGAUAGGGGCAGCAGGUUGUUGCAAGGCAAUAUGUUGUUUGCCCAUUCCCAUCCUCUUUUAGAAUUAGGAAUACCUGAAGUCGGCAAUAAUGGGGGCCCAAAGACUUAUGAAGGAGCCCUCCUAUAAACGAACAAGCUUCUCAAUGGGAGCAUUCAAACCAUGAAUGGCAGGGAUAAAUAUUUAAGCAAAAUGUUCAAGGUACUGUAAAAUUCCAUAUUUAUUUUUAUUUUGUGUGUGUUUGGACCCUUUUUAUUGUAAGAUAGGCGAAUAGGUGAAAAGUAUAUUAGCACUAAAUGGACGGAUCACUGGAAAAAAAAAAAGCAUUGCAAUGACUCCUGACGAACCUGCAGAUGCCUAGAGGUUUUGCUGCUGCUUUUUAGGGACCAAAUAUUGACUUUCAUUUUUAUUUUUUCCAGUUUUAUUUUGUCUUGAAAAUAUGCCCUCUCUAUAUGAAGUCAGAGGGAGAUGCAGAGGCUUAAGAACAAAGCUUUGAACACAGUAUCAUUGAGAACAACCUUGUGGACAAAUUGACUUGGUCACUUCUGUUAGUAUUGCUGCAUGAUCGUCUAAACAGUAACGUGCUAGCAGAUAAAAAUAUGGAGACAAGGACUGGCAAUUAUUGCUUUACAUUUUCUUACCAAGUAGGGUUGUUUAUCAACAGAACUGUUGGUUAAGAAGUGGACCAUGUCUUCUAUAAAUCCCUUAUCCCUUUAUGCGCUGUUGGCAGUGACUUACAAGACAUUUCUGCCCAUCCAAGUGAAACCCAGACCAGCAGAAGUGCAGCCAUCUUUAAGCUGUAAUGGGUAUAUUGGGCUCGUUUUCGCAGACUUUGUUUGAGGACACCAGCACUUGGAAAACUCCUUUGAUGUCUACUUAUUUUUUGUUUCUCCUGAAUGAAGAUCAGAUUUCAGGGGGUUGAGAGGUCACCUACCAUCCCACUCAGGAGAGAUCCCAGCCAUAUUGUCCAUUGCCUCAUGACGGUGACCUUUCACCUCCC